UAAAAUUUGACGUUUCACGUCAAGGUUUUACGUAAAUCUGGCUGGAUCCAGCCCUUUUGAAGAUAAAAGUUUAAAUAAAACGCAUUAAAAAGCUUCCAAAAUGACUUCAGUUGUACGGGCUGGACACUUAGCUCCCUAUUUCAAAGCGUCGUCACCAGUGGUUUCAAAUGGGCUUAAAAUUGCGGCGGCGGUGCACACUCCUGCCGAUAAGUUGGUUGUCAAGCCCCUACCAAAAACCUCGACGGUACAGACAUUGCACGGGGCUCUCCCAAUCCAAGGCUUGAAGGUCAAAGCCGGAACCAAAGUGCCAGUUCAGGUGCGAUUCGCACACAGUGACAUUGCCGUGCCAGACUUCUCGGCGUACCGCCGCAAGGAGAACCAGGACCCGAGGGUGAAGGCCGAGGAACAUGUCGAUGGACGCCAAUCCUUUACUUAUCUCAUCGCUGGAGCUGGCAGCGUUGCCGGAGCAUAUGCCGCCAAGUCUGUGGUCACACAGUUCGUAUCGUCCAUGUCUGCCGCUGCUGACGUCUUGGCCUUAGCCAAGAUUGAAGUUAAGUUGUCCGACAUUCCUGAGGGCAAGUCUGUCACCUUCAAGUGGCGAGGCAAGCCCCUGUUCAUCCGUCACAGGACAGCCGAAGAAAUCGCGACCGAGAAGGCGGUGCCAAUAGAGACCCUGCGCGACCCCCAGAGCGACGACCAGCGUACCCAGGACCCCAAGUUCUUGGUAGUCAUCGGAGUCUGCACCCACUUGGGCUGCGUGCCUGUAGCCAACUCAGGUGACUUUGGCGGGUACUACUGUCCCUGCCACGGCUCGCAUUAUGACGCCUCAGGCCGCAUCCGCAAAGGACCUGCACCACUUAACCUCGAAGUACCCCCCCACACUUUCACCGACGACUUACUCAUCGUAGGUUGAAUAUUCUAUUGUUUAGACAAUUUAUUUAUUAAGCAUACUGUAUAGUGAUCAAUCAAUAAAUGUGAUUCGAUUGUUAA